UGCUGCAUGUUCACCCUCUGGCCUGGCUGAUGGUAGCCAGCUCAUGUGACUGCCCAUGAGGCACAUGUAAACCGUGCGAGUUAUGAAGCAAAUUUGUGGCAAAAGAGACUUUUAGUGCAAAAUUCAACAGUUGAGGUAACCUAUGCGAUAAUCUCUUGGAAAAGCUGCUUCAUCAGGCAUCAUCGUUAUGCAUCAGGCUUCAUCAUUAUGCAUCAGGCAUAAGAGGGAAAACCCACAGAGCUCAGGCUUGGUGUUAUUUGGACUUUGUGUAAACAUAACUGUUACUGUUCUAGAAGAGCCAGCUGUCAAGAAGAAAAUCCUUGCGACGGCUCUGCAAUGACUACAGCAAGAUAUAGGCCUACCUGGGACUUGGUACUUGACCCAUUAGUGUCCUGCAAGCUCUGCCUUGGUGAAUAUCCUGUGGAGCAGAUGACAACAAUAGCACAAUGCCAAUGCAUCUUCUGUACCUUGUGCCUAAAACAGUAUGUGGAGCUUUUGAUCAAAGAAGGUCUAGAGACAGCAAUUAGUUGCCCUGAUGCUGCCUGCCCAAAGCGAGGUCAUCUACAAGAAAAUGAGAUUGAGUGCAUGGUUGCAUCAGAAAUCAUGCAAAGAUACAAGAAACUACAGUUUGAAAGAGAAGUGCUUUUGGAUCCGUGUCGGACUUGGUGUCCCUCCUCUACUUGCCAGGCAGUUUGCCAGCUCCAGGAAUCAAGCCCUCAGAACCCCCAGCUGGUGCAGUGCAAAGCCUGUGACAUAGAGUUCUGCUCUGCUUGCAAAUCCAACUGGCACCCAGGUCAAGGCUGUCAAGAGAAUAUGCCAAUCUCCUUUCUUCCAGGAGAAACAAGUUCGGUUUUUAAAAUGGAAGAAGAUGAUGCUCCAAUCAAGCGCUGUCCAAAGUGCAAAGUUUACAUUGAGCGAGACGAAGGCUGUGCCCAGAUGAUGUGUAAGAACUGCAAACAUGCCUUUUGCUGGUACUGUCUGGAAUCCCUUGAUGAUGAUUUUCUCCUUAUACAUUAUGACAAAGGACCUUGUCGGAACAAGCUGGGACACUCCAGGGCAUCUGUUAUCUGGCACAGAACACAGGUGGUAGGAAUUUUUGCAGGAUUUGGUCUUCUGCUUUUGGUGGCCUCCCCUUUCCUUCUACUUGCUACGCCAUUUGUUCUGUGCUGCAAGUGCAAAUGUAGUAAAGGAGAUGAUGACCCUCUGCCUACCUAGACUGAGAGAAGAUUGGACUCAUCACAACAUACGUUUUGAUUUUAUUGUUGCGGUUGUCGUUUCCCUCUUGCACUUGCAUUGGUGUAGCCUUACUUGGCCCAUUCUGCUUUUCGCUGACAUACAGUCUUGGUUCCAGGAACUGUUGUUAAUACUGUUGCUUAGAUCAUUUAAUACUAGACAAGGAGGGUAAUGCAAGGCAAGUGUGGUGCUUAAGGGAGACCAUGGACCAAGAUAACUGUCUGAAAUGAAGAGGUGAUUGCGCUAAAAAUAAUGCAAAAGCUUUCUGUUGCCCUUGUUGGUGGACUGGGAACUGUGCUAAGUGACAUCAGCAAAACAACUUAAAAAUAAAUACAAAUCUAAACUUUUUGCAUAUCUAUUUGUUUCAAAAUUUGGUGUCUUAUUCCUGUAUGAAUUUAAGCUGCCUAUCAUUUAAAUUGGAUAGUCAACUUAAUGAAACUUUAACGUGUUUAUUACACUUCUGUUUUUGUUAAUUUUGCCAUUGCAGCAUCCUUUAUAGUGCAUAUUUUUCCAAGACUAGCGAAAUCAAUAAGGUGCAUAUAGGCCAUCCUAUGCCUUUCUUGAAAAUUGAGAAGGGAUAGGGGGACAAAAUUGGUCCUGUUGCCUUCUGGGUAUUUUAGGAAGUCUUAUGAGAAGGUUGUUUGAUUGAAAACUACAUUUUUGAAAUGAAUUUUUGAAGCUGUAAGGUUGAGUGGUGACACAAACCUGCUAUCUAAAAGGUCCUUUUAAAAAUGCAUUGAUGGUAUUGAUUACCACUGGACCACUAGUGUUUUUCUGAAUUUUUAUUUUUGCUGUUGUUUAGGGUUGUGCUACACUUAUAGGGCUAUGUAACUUCUAAUCCAGGUAUCUUAAUCUUUUUAUAUAGAUAUAUAGAUAUAUAGAUAUAUAAUCCUAUUUAAACCAAAUGUGUAAAUAGCUGUGCUAUUGAAAUUUUUUGGAAGUUCAAAAUAGCUUGCUUCUGUUUAAAGGGCAGUUAUUAAAAAUACAGGACUAAUUUUACUCUUCAGCAGACUUUGGGUUAUCAAUGAAUCUUUACUUUUAAGUAUAAAAAUUCUAAGCAUCAGGAUGGUCCCUGUAGUUAAUAAUAAAAAUGCCUGGGAUAUUUGUGGAAGCUGUAUUUAACACUUAAACUACAUAGCCCAUUUUCAGAGUUAAUAUUAUAUGGUGUAUGCUGUUAGUAACGAUACUGUGACACAACAAGUUUUUAUUUGACAGCUAAUCAGUGACCUGAUUUGGUAGUUUUUCAUAACUCAGUGCUGUGUGUUUCCAGAGUUGUAAAAUAUGCCAGUCAACAUCCUGUUAAUCAUAGUAAUUUUUAUUUAGUAACAUCUUAUGGAAAAUUAUCUUAACUAUUUUUAAAGCCUACAGGAAUUUAACUAAUAACUUCUCAUCAUGAAAUAUGAUGCACUUGAAUUGCUGUUUAUGUUUGUGUGUAUGAUACUGGAGGAAAACAUUCUUUUGAAUAAUGGCAUGAGGUCUGAAAGACUGCAUUUAUUUCAUUGUCACUUAUGUCUGUGCAUUAUCGAUGUACUGAGGGGGGUGAAUAUAUUGAAGCCAGGAUAAAUUUGCACUGAAAAUGCAUCAGGAGCCUUAAAAGCAACUUUUUCUGGCUACUCUCACAGGCUGGGAAUACAUUUCCAUAGCUCAGUCAUAAGGAAGCGACUCAUUGUUCCAUUAACUUUUAUUUUAUGCAGCCUGUUAAAUGAAAUGAUUGGAGGGUACAAUUUUGAAAAGGCCUCUGUCCUUUUGUAAAACUACUCUUGAAUUCUUUCUCCCAUUUUUUCCAAGUUUUAAAGGUAUCCAAAUUCAAACUGUAUCUAAAUCCAAAUUUUACCUCCAGGAGUUGCAGUUAAUCUGCAUAUUUGCUUAUUUGGCUUGAUUUUAAUGAGUUCAGCCAUUAUAACAUGAAGGAAAUGGAUAUCUGUUUACCAGCAAGUCUGAAUUCCUUAUGAUAUCUUCAGCUUAUUAUUAUGGCAAUGCACAGUUCCGAUCUUUACUUGCAUUAUCUAUUUUUGUUUUCAUAGUACUUCUUAGCCAGUAUUUUAGAUCAUCUUUAUUAUUAAAAAUUGCUUAGUUAUUCAGAAAUAUUCCUAGGGGAAGGCUGGGUGACACAUCCAAUCACUAUGUUUGCCAGCUCCCACACAGUGUGUGAACCACUGCUGCGUUCAGUGGGCAGUGAAGUGGUUAUCUCACUCCAGUUCUGGCAGCAAAUAAGUCCGUAUCACCAGAGAUACCUAAGUAGAACACCAUUUAAGCUUGGCUUGUCUUAAGUCAUUGCUUCCAUGGGUAGAAAUAAUGGAAACCCUUCUGUGAAUGACAGCCUCCUGCACAUAAGCUGAUAAGACUGAGUGGGAAAGCUUGAACCACGGGUCUUUGAUCUCUGGCUCUGUAACUCCAUUUAACUGGAGAAAAAAAAUGGACAAAAAGACGUAAAGAUUUCCUGGGUUGUUAAUUUUCUAAUUGUGAGCACUAAGAGAUUGUCCUCUGUGUGGCAGUGGUUCUGGUGACCAAUUCUACUGGAGUAUUAGAAAGCAGCAGAGGUGCAGUCGCCUAUUAACAGUACCGGAGAUGUCAUGGUACACGAUUUAUUUUCUACUGUGCCUUUCUUAGAGACAGUCUUUUGUGGCAAUAUAGCAAAGCUUGAUUUCCGUGGUAUAGAACUACUGUCCCCUGGGAGGCCCUUUAAUAAUCAAUGUCAAAAUUAAGACAUGUCCAGAUUUAAAAAAAAAAAAAAAAGUGGAAAAAAAUCCUUUAAAAAUAUAAAUAUUUUAAAAUAACUGAUGUUCACAGGUUACAUUAUAUAUGAGCAGAAAACUGUGUACCUUUGUCAGCAUAUCUGUCUGUCUCUGAUCUCAACAUACUUGAAUUGCUACUGGAGAUCUCUAUGGCAUGUCACUUGAUACACAUUCUAUGGCAUAAACCAUAUACCUACAUAGACUUACCAAAUACCUAAUCCUUUCAGGUAUGCUAAAUGUCAUUCCUUCUGCAUUCUUUUGGGGAAUGUUUUUAUUUUUCUUUUUUUGUUCUUUUUAAUGCUGUUUUGUAAGUAGUUUACUUCUGAUAGUGAUGUGCUGAGGUUGGGGCUUUUUGUGUUACAGCUUUUGCUGAUAGUAUGGCAUCUAAUACCCUGAAAUCGGAUUGUAAAUAUAUUAUGUUAAACUCUGACAUUUAAGCCCUGUGUCACAAAAAAGCGAAUGUUUAUGUCUUCACUGCUUUUCAGAUGACUCUCUUUUUUAACAGCUCUGUCUUUUUAAAUUUUUGUCUGAAAAAUGAGAUUUCACUGCAUAACUUCUGUUGCAUUUUUAGGCUAUGCUAUGAUUUAGUUUGUUUGCAUUGCCUUAAAUGCUGUUUUAAUGGAAUUUUUUAACAGUACAGGGUUUGCAUGUUCUGUUGGGAUGAAGUAGUGUCUUGUCUAGUGAGCACAGGAGUGAAUGUGGAGUCAGGACUCCUAAGGCUUUGCUUCUCCCUAGACUUGCUAUUAGUUGGGCUCAAGGCAGCUCUGGGCAAGAUCAGUAGCAAAACCUGCACUGACUUCAAUGACAGCAGCACUGGGUCUUCCCCACGUGACCUUGGACAAGUCACUUUUGUCCUUUUAUCUCAAUUUACCCAUCUUUUACAUGAACGGAACGAUGCUCAGCUACCUCACAGGAGUGUUGUGAGGGUAAUUCCAUUGGAUUCAAGGCUCUUGAAGAUUCUCUGAUGAAAGAUUAUAUAUAAUAGCUACUGUGGUUUAUGUUACUGUUUCAAUUUUAUUCAAGUUGGCGUUCAUCCUUAAACUUUCUACUGCUAACUGUAGCAUACCAAGAGUUUGGGUACUUUCCCCAAAAUACCAAGCAGUAUGAUCUUUCCUCAAAUACUCUGACUUAAGAAUUAGGCAAGAUCCGAAAUGAGAGCUGAGUGGCUCAACUCUCAGCGUACCGUUAUGCCUUGACGUGCAGGAAACGCAAUCAAAAUUAGUGAAAAGCUCUCUUGUUUAUGGAGCUAACAGGAUAAAUAUCAUAGAUCAGAAAAAGAUGAUAUACUUUAGAUUUAAAAAUGUUAUGGGCAGGAAAACAAACAUGAAGUUUUGUGCAUUUCAUCUGUAGUCCUUUUACUGUGAAAAAAUAAGGAUGUUCAAUAGAAGCAAUUUUCAUCCCAAUAAGGUGCAGCAUACAUAAAGCUUUGUGCAGGUUUGAUUUUUAAAACCAAAGUUUGUACAUUUCAUAUAUAUAAUCUGGCAUCCUGAGGAAAAUGGAUAGAUGAUGGAGGUUGUUGCUAACAGUGAUAUUAAAGACAUCAGAAAAGGCUGCAUCAGUGCUUAAUUGCUAAUGCACUUAUACUAAGUAAAGCAUGCAGUUUGUGUUUAGAGCCCUGUGGUCCUCAUUAUUGCUUUGAUUUGUGUAUCUCUCUCAUAAGAAGUCCAGGAACAUUAGGUACAGGUACAUGGUAUAUAACUGAACCUUUCUUGAUCAUUUUAUCAUGGAUGUAUUUUAACCUUGUAUAGGGAUAAGCAUGAAUGAGUCAUGCAUAUGUAUAAAUAAUGUAUUUGAGCAGUGUAAAAAUAGUUCUGUUGAUGUAUUUGAAAUGUAAGUACAUUUUGUGCCACUAACACUGUGAUGUAUAAAAGAGCUGUUGAAUGCCUUUUAAUGUUGUGUUUUGUACUUUGGAUCAUAUUGAAGAGUUUAAUUUGUAAUUUCAAUAGAUAUUUUAAAUGAA